AUGUUCAAACUUCUUGUUUUUGUUGCCCUGGCCGCGUGCGCUGUAGCUGAACAUCACGCUUCAUCUUACGCAUCGUUCAAUAAUCACGUAGAGCAUUCAUAUCACCACGAUGAUCAUCAUGAUCAUUAUGAGCCACAUCAUCACCCAAAAUAUGAAUACAAAUAUGGCGUUGAGGACCACCACACCCAUGAUAUGAAAUCUGUCGAAGAGGAACGCGAUGGGGAUGUCGUCAAGGGAUGGUACAAAUUGGAGCAACCCGAUGGCAGGACCAGGAUUGUUCAUUACACCGCUGAUAAACACAACGGCUUCAAUGCUGAUGUUAAGUAUUCCGGACAUGCUGACCAUCCGCAUCAUUAUUAA